AUGGAAGAACUGAGUCAAGCUCUGGCUAGUAGCUUUUCUGUGUCUCAAGAUCUGAAUAGCACAGCUGCCCCGCACCCCCGCCUGUCCCAGUACAAGUCCAAGUACAGUUCCUUGGAGCAGAGUGAGCGGCGUCAACAGUUAUUGGAACGGCAGAAAUUCAAGCGGCUGGAUUAUGUGAAUCAUGCCAGAAGACUGGCUGAAGAUGACUGGACAGGGAUGGAGAGUGAGGAAGAAGAUAAGAAAUGUGAUGAAGAAAUGGACAUUGACACUGGCAAGAAGCUACCAAAACGCUAUGCUAAUCAAUUGAUGCUUUCUGAGUGGUUAAUUGACGUCCCUUCAGAUUUGGGGCAGGAAUGGAUUGUGGUUGUGUGCCCUGUUGGAAAAAGAGCACUCAUCGUGGCCUCCAGGGGUUCCACCAGUGCCUACACCAAGAGUGGUUAUUGUGUCAACAAGUUUUCUUCACUUCUACCAGGAGGCAACAAGCGAAACUCAACAACAUCAAAAGACUAUACCAUUCUGGACUGCAUUUACAGUGAGGCAAAGCAGACCUACUACAUUCUGGAUGUGAUGUGCUGGCGGGGCCACCCUUUUUAUGACUGCCAGACUGAUUUCCGAUUCUACUGGAUGCAUUCAAAGUUACCAGAAGAAGAAGGACUGGGAGAGAACACCAAGCUCAAUCCUUUUAAAUUUGUGGGGCUAAAGAAUUUUCCUUGUACCCCUGAGAGCCUGUGUAAGGUGCUGUCUAUGGAUUUCCCUUUUGAGGUGGAUGGACUUCUCUUCUACCACAAGCAGACCCACUAUAGCCCGGGAAGCACUCCUCUAGUGGGCUGGCUACGCCCAUACAUGGUAUCAGAUAUUCUUGGUGUGGCUGUGCCAGCUGGGUGCCCACUGACCACCAAGCCAGAGUAUGCCGGGCACCAGCUCCAGCAGAUUAUUGAGCAUAAGAGGAGCCAGAAGGAGGGCAUGAAAGAGAAACCCACACAGAAGGCCUUUAACAGUGGGCACUAUGAGCUGGAGCAUCUGUCUACCCCUGAGCUGAAGAGUGAUCCCCACAGCUUGGACCAGCUGGCGAGUCACAUGGAAAACUAA